AUGGGCCCCCAGGGACCGGUGGGCAUGUAUGGUUACCCAGGAGCAGUGGGUCUGACCGGGAGACCAGGCCACAUGGGACAAAGGGGAGCUGCUGGGGUCAGAGGCCCUCCUGGUGUCCCAGGGAAGCGUGGACCUCCAGGUGUUCAGGGUCCUCCUGGUGAAAGAGGGCCUCCAGGACCAAAGGGCCGCCAAGGAGGGUUUGGACCUAAAGGCGUUCUGGGACCAACAGGCCCUCAAGGUAAACCAGGACCAGGGGGAGGUGUAGGAAGUCCUGGUCCUCCAGGGAGUCAGGGGCCUACAGGGCCAUUGGGGUCACCUGCACCAAGAGGGUUUCCAGGAUCAGCAGGGAUCACUGGAGCGAUGGGUCAGACCGGAGAGAAAGGAGAGCAGGGUUCAAAGGGUCCGGCUGGUGAUGUUGGUCCUGCAGGUCUAGACGGGCAGCAGGGUGCUCCAGGUCCAGCGGGGGAAGAAGGGACUCCUGGAACAAAAGGCGAUCAGGGAGCUCCAGGCCCACAGGGACAACCAGGGCGAUCAGGACCAAAAGGAGAGCCAGGACUUCAGGGCUCCCAGGGGCUGCAGGGUGAGCCUGGGCAGAGGGGCAAAGAGGGGGUCGGUGGAGAACCGGGUGUUCCUGGAGAUCCGGGUGCUAAAGGAUCAAAGGGAGAUUCGGGAAAUCUAGGCCCGUCUGGAUCAGAGGGACCUCCAGGAGUUCCAGGAAAACAAGGACCGAGAGGGUCACAAGGAGAAAAGGGAUACGCAGGCUUCAUGGGUCCAGCAGGUCUGAGGGGGAACGUUGGACCAACAGGCUUGUUAGGACUACCGGGUUUUCAAGGUAUUUUGGGGACUCCAGGACCUGAUGGGCCAUCAGGACAGAAGGGAGACAAAGGUCCUACUGGAUUAAAUGGGGAGUCGGGAACUUCAGGUCCUAAGGGGGUGGAAGGAAGCCGUGGUGGCAAAGGUGAUACAGGAAAUCCUGGACCUGUGGGAUCUGCAGAGGCCAGAGGAAAAGCAGGAGAUCCUGGUCCAAAGGGCUUUCCUGGACCUGAGGGGCUGAGAGGAGAUUCUGGGCGGGAAGGGGAGCCAGGAGAGGCGGGUCCUGAUGGCCUGCCAGGAAUUAAAGGACCUCCAGGAUUACCAGGACCAGAGGGCGUCAUGGGUGAGCUGGGACUUCAGGGUCCUAUUGGACUUCCAGGAGCUCAGGGACAAAAAGGUAGAGCUGGGCCAGAGGGACGAGAUGGAGAGAAAGGUCAAAAGGGAGGAAACGGGAAAAGCGGACGUCCAGGGAAGGAUGGACGCUCUGGGAAGAGGGGAAAAAGAGGCAAAGCUGGAAAUAGAGGAAUCAGAGGAAAACAAGGAGAAAAGGGGAAGAUGGGAGAUGUGGGAGCGGUUGGUCCUCCAGGGAGACACGGCACAUACGGUGAAACUGGUUUACGUGGGAUAAAAGGCGACAUGGGUCUACCAGGCUUCAAGGGAGAACCCGGUGCUAUGGGACCACCUGGCCCUUUUGGUGGAGAAGGCUUAAAGGGAAUACAAGGCGCUGUUGGACAUCUGGGAGGAGGAGGUCAAAAGGGAGAGCAGGGCGAUAUCGGUCCGCCAGGUAGAAGAGGAACUCCGGGCCUUCCUGGACUGCCUGGAUUGUUUGGACAGAAGGGACUGAAGGGAUUCACAGGACUAUCGGGCCCUGCUGGAGUGAGAGGGGUACCUGGUCCACCAGGCCGACCUGGGCCGCCAGGAACCUCCCUGAACCUCACUCUGUCUCAGAUGAAGGAGCUGAUGUUCAUGUCAGAUAAGCCCAACUACCUCCUGGUCCAGACUCUGUUGGACUCCCUACAGAGGGAUCUGCGCUGGUUCAUUGACCCUCCAGAUGGCAGCAAAGAACACCCAGCGGCUACGUGUGUGGAGCUGUGGCUCGCUCACCCCAACUCCACUAACGGGAUGUAUUACGUUGAUCCUAACCUGGGAAGUCCAGCUGAUGCUUUCCAGGUUUUCUGUGACUUCACAGCAGAGCCAAAGACCUGCCUGUCUCCUCUCCAGCCUCAGGUUCCAGUGAAAGCAUGGCUGAAGGAUUCUGGCACCAACAUGUCAUUUCACUGGCUGAGCAGAGUUGAAGACGGCUUCCAGUUCGAGUAUCCAGGAGGAGCAGAUGUGGUGCAGAUGAGAUUUCUGCGUCUGAACAGCAGAUUCUCCUCUCAGACCAUCACUUACUCCUGUCAGCCAGGAAGCAGACAGAGCGGUGGAGAGAGGGAAGUCAAGUAUCUGGCUGACACACGAAGGCAGAGUUACCUGGGGGCGCUGCGAGACUGUGUACAGUCAGAGCAGCUGGAUUCAGGCGACCAGGAAACAGUUUUUCUAUUUGAAAGUGAAGAUCUCCACCUGCUGCCUCUCAGGGACCUGGCAGUGUUUGGAAACAAAGACAUGACUCAGGAGUUUGGCUUCAGCGUUGGACCAGCAUGCUUCAGUUAGGAGUGCCCUCUGUGAUUGCAUCUGUGUGGCCGUCUGCAGCUGCACAAAUCUAUUUCUGGCACUUUUGUACUCUUCCUGUAUAGAAUGGCAUCAUUUUUUUAGAUGCCAAAUGUUUUGCGGGUGUACUGACCAGCUGGACUUGAGCUAUGUUGGUGCUCUCAGUGCAAAUUCUUGCUUCAGAAAGACUUGGCAAUCUUUUUAACCAACAGAAGUGAGGACAAAAGACACUGAGCUGCAGAUUCUCCCGGAGAAAUACUUCCUGAACUUUUUUUCUCUGCACAGACUGAAUGUUGGCUUGCCCACUUUUGAGACCAGGGAUGUUUAGAAUCUGAAGCUCUUGACAUUUUUGACAUAUUUUGUACAUUUUGUUUUUGUGUUGUAACACCCUGCUUAUUUAUAUAAAUGCUCAACAUUCAUUGUCUUUUUAAAAUCUAAUUCAGGUGCAUAUUUGUCUUGAGCAUUGUUUCCUAGUGAAAACACAUGGUGCUUACAAGCUAAAUCUAAACACAAGUACCACAUGACUUUGCACAUGUAUUGAUUUUGCAAAUCUCCGGAUUGUGCAUGCAGGUAAACACGUGUGCUGAACUCCGGGCUGUCAGAGCACUAUUUCUUGGAAAGAACUCGGCUGACAUCACUUAGCAAAUACGCUGAGUGCUCUGAAUGUUGCUUUUAAUCAGACAGACGCUAACUCCCUCCAAAACAACCAAAUCUGUCUUUAUACCUGUUUUGGAAUAAGAACCCAUGAAAUAAGUUAGAUGUUAGUAUCUGUGUUUCUGGUGGCUGUUUAGUAACCAUUACAUUUGGGUCAUUUAGAAACGGCAUCACUAUGUCAUCGUUUCCUCGACCAGAGAGCACUCACAACUCAGCUUUGCUUCUUAAGAUGUAUUUUUGUUUGGCUUUUAUUCAUUAAUUUGGAAAGGUUAGUGGAAAGAGUAGGACAUUGGGGAUGUGGAUGACGUGGGAAAGGAGCCGCAGGUCGGACUCAAACCCAGGCCUGAGGAACCAUGGAGAACCACAGCCUCCCUACAUGGGGAGCGACUUAAUCGGCAGGUCAUCGGCACCCCACAACCUUGCUUUUUAACUGCAAAAUGUAUCGCUCAGGACAUACUGUGGUCUUACUUUCUCAAUAACUGAGAUAAAAGAUCAUCUUCAAAAUGUUAAAAAGAACAGCAGCCAGUGUGUUGUUGUUGGAUCUUUAAACUUCAAAUAUUUCAAGGUUUCUUUGUUCGAACAUAAGUAGGUAUAUUUGUUGUGCAGACCGGAGAGUCAGCAUUCAAAAGAUAAAAACGACGGAUUUCGGUGUAACUUUGCAGAGUCAUAUCUCUGCAAAAUCUUUAUUUUUUCAUUCCAGCUUAAAAAUGUGUCUGCUGCACUGGUCAAUGAAGUAUCUAAAACCGAUAUGGGUUUUUAAAAUCCUCUAUCAGUUGAGCUCUAGUUUACAAAAUUCUUACAUCAUGUUAAAUAUUAAGAUGGUCUCUUCAGUACCUACCUCAUGGUAAUGAAUCUCAAUGCUAAAAAACAACAACUUUGAAACUAAAGGAAUAAAUCUUUCAAAAUAUAAAACAAGUUGAAUGUUUACAGUGCUCGCUCUGCCUCAUCUCAUCUAGAACUGCAGGGAAUUUUGAGCCCAUCAGCAAUAUGAACAAAGUCUGUAUUUUAUAUCUGUGAAAAAAACUGUCUUAACAUACCUUACACAACUUCAUAUUCGACACAAUCUUAUAGACAAGAACAAUAAUUUGAGUCGUUCAUUCAUAUUUAUAUUCUGUCAAAUUCAGUUUCUUUUAAAAAAUUAUGAACUAUUUUAGUUAUGUUUACACACACUUUAUCAGUGACAUGUUUGUCAUCAUUCAAUCAGGUUAAAAUGUCAUUAGGGUAAUGUCUAAUAAGAGUCCAGAUUGUUGACUGCUUGUGAUUGACGAUUCUAUGGUUUCUGAUCUUUUACAAAUUGUCUCCUGUCUGAGCCUUUAAAUGUAAUUAAUGUCAUUAUUUCAUCAGGUGGCUUUUCUAGAUAUUGACCCCAUCAUCUCCAUGUUCAUCCAUCUUUUGUCAUAAGCUGUUUUCUGUUGACUUUCUGUUUUGCAAGCUUCUUUAUUUAUCUUGAUUUGUUCUGAUUUCUGAUUUCAGGUUUCUUGUUUGAUUCUCAAUAUUUCUCAUUUCACUAAUGCUGCACAGAAAUUAAAGGUGCAAUAGUUGUUUUGGGUUGUUGGCCACCAGGGUGCGCCUUACUAUGUUGUGGGGAAGUAACGAUUUACCUUUUGCAACAUUAACAUGUAUUUGACUUGAGAUGAAUGUAUUGAAGUUGUUGCUUUAC